CCAAGUUGGUGAGAGUAACCUGUUGUCUCAACUGAAGAAAUCUCAUCCGAAGAGAUAACCUCCCGCAGAGAGAUGGAGCACACCGAGAUAGUGAAGCCAGAAACUCUGGAUGACCUGAUUAAAAUCCUGCACAAGAUCUUCGCGAGUGACUCUAUCAAUGUGGAGGAGGUCCAAGCUGUAAUGGAAGCAUAUGAGAGCAAUCCUCAGGAGUGGAAGAAAUUUGCAAAGUUUGACCAGUACAGAUACACAAGGAACCUGGUCGAUGAGGGUAACGGAAAGUUCAAUCUCAUUAUCCUGUGCUGGGGAGAGGGCCACGGCAGUAGCAUCCACGAUCACACAGACUCCCAUUGUUUCAUGAAGCUGCUGCAGGGUCAGCUGAAGGAGACGCUGUUUGAAUGGCCGGACGAUAAAUCACACGGAGAUAUGGUCCAGAAGUCACAGAGAAUUCUCCAGGAAAACAAGGUUGCUUACAUAAACGAUUCCAUCGGCCUGCAUCGUGUGGAAAACAACAGCCACACUGAGGGCGCAGUCAGCUUGCACCUGUACAGUCCCCCAUUCCAGACCUGCCAGACCUUUGACCAGCGGACGGGGCACAGGAACACAGUCAAGAUGACCUUCUGGAGCAAAUACGGAGAGAGGACUCCAUAUGAAACCACAGUCUCACAAGAGAACAACUAAGGGUCACCAAAGGAGGCUGCCCAUGAUGAAGACAGUUGCAUUUAAAAUGACAAUGUUGUGAAAAUGAUUCAAGGGAAAUUGCUGGGAAAGUGAAAUGUGGAACUACUAUGACUAAGCAACCCAUUUAAAAAUCAGGAGCGGGCCGGUUCAAAAGGACAACCCAGUAAUUAGAAUGGCUUUAUCGCUGCCCAGUGUGAGCUUGGCAAAUACUGAUGAGCACAGGACGAAUGCAUGAAUAGGCUUGGACAUGGAUUGAAUCUCCCUUUUGUUUGCUGGGCCUGAGGAGACCCAUUUCCAAUAACAACAUUCCUGUCUAUCCACGACCUGUGCAACCACACUUUUGUAAAGUUAUGGCCCAUAGUCAAAGAUUAGAGCUUUAGCGUUUUUUU